CUGCCUCUUUUUUCCGACAAGCCGCCGUUCUCAAUCAUGUCAGAGGAGUCGGCGCUGCGGCCGCCGUUGCGAUUUGAGAGGUCCACUUUCCUUUUCUCUGCCACGCGGCAGCUACCGCCCUUAUCCCCCGAUGACAGUGCUGAUCCUGAGGCCUGCGGUGCUCAUGGCAACGCUGCGGAGGAGAAUGAGCCUGCGGAUGAUGUGGAGAAACGGCUGGCCGCGUUGGAUAAGCUGGAGAAGGAGCUGGAGCGGGAUUUGCAGAGGUUGGACAUGCUGAGCCUGGCGCGGCCACCGCCUGCUCUCAGGGAGGACCAGGGGCAUGUACCGAAGCCUGCUGUACCACAAACGGCACUCAGAAGGGGUAACAAGGAAAUGAAUAACAUGUGCAGUGCAUGUGUUUCUGUGCGCAGGUUCGGUUCCACCUGUGCGUAGACAGGCCGUUGUGAAGAGCCGGGCUGUGAGGUGCCAGGAAUGGAAAGCCAAAGACGACGAAACGCAAGCUUCAACCGUACGCACCUUUCCUUUAUAUGAAUGAGAACAUCAGACAGAAUCGAGAUGAAUGAAAUUCGUUGUAUCACUGCUGUGAACUGAUGCAGGUACCCGCCCUCCCGGCCUCUUCCCCUUCGCUGAAGAGGCGUCCUCCUCUCCCGUCGUCCGCUCACCGCAGCCGCAGCAUGAAUCGCUCGUCGUCAGCUGGGGCACUCCAUACGUUGAACAGCCAGAAGAGCAGCGCAACGCUCAUUGGCGUCCGGGCGCUUUCACCCGACCUGUCGUCGGUCGCGUCGAGCGCAUCCCCGCGUAUCACUGCCGGUGGUGUGGGGCUGCCGACCGCCCCCCCUCGUUCGUUGCCACUUGCUGCUCGACGACCGGAUCCCCCUCUUGCCUUCAGCCCCUGCCACGACACGAGGGAGGGACCGUGUGGUUGUCGCGUCUGUGCGCUCAAGAAGCAGCAGAGGCGGAGGGAGGCGUUCAGGUCUGCGUGUCGGGAGGCGUUGGAGAAGGUGGCCACGCUUAGACGGCAGCGGGAGGCGAGCAAGGCACAGAGGGACAGGGACCGAUAGCUAGGGACGGACAGUCGUACCCGUGUGAAGGUGCAUUUGUACGUGUAUGGACGCUUUGUUCAUCUGGUUGUGAUCUUACAAGAAAUAAAUCUUGCCGGGGUUUUG